AUGAGCAAUCCGGGUCUUCACCAAUUUGCUGACACUACAGGCGCCUCUGAACCCACCACCAUCUCCCGCUCAAGCACGAGGAAAAGGAAACGAUCAGACACUCAGAUUCCCGGCACUUCGCUUGAGACAGGGCCUACAAGUACCGUUCGAGAUUUGAUAGAAACCAAAGUUUUAGAUGACCCCCGACUCAAAGAGCUGCUAUUCCGCCUUGCUGAAGCUACAGGACCAUAUUCAAUGUAUAAUAUCACUAACAGCAGUCCAAACACCUAUCAUCUAACCAAUUUCAAAGAUCCCGCCAAGAGCAAGAUGCUAGAUUUUGAUGGGAGCUCAGCCCCGAGGUUGUCCAUUACGCUGGAAGCAGCCUCGACGCUUGAGAGAAGUAUUCAGGAUAAUCCUUCCCAUGUUGAAUACCUGUUCGAGAUGCUAAAACCGGCCAACCCAACCAAAAGGAUGACAGGGGAGACUGGCCGGAAAAUGUUGAGGAUUGUCUCCAGGACUCUGACACUACUUUUGAACCCUGAAUGGACUGCAGACCAAGCUUACUUGAUGUCGGUGGGUACAAUACUCCUUGCUAGUUUGUCCAAAGAAUGUCUACUUAUACAUCUUGCCAGUGGACCGUUAGACUACAAACAGAUAGCAGCACUAAUCACGCAUGUGGAGAAAGUCAAGGCACACAAUGAAUCAGACCAAGUUGCAUUGCACCAAUGGUGUGGCGCAGAAAGUUGGGACAACUCUGCUCAGCCUCAUACCUCCAGUGCAUAUGGGUAUCACAAUAAUGCACUGGUGGACCCACUAUGUGAGGGGGCACAUGAUCUUACAAUUCCCCCCUUCAGCUCAUUGUACAAUGGUGGCCUCCUAGGAGGCACCCAGCCUGAAGAUAACCAUGUUUUAAUGCACCCAUUUGAGCCUCAAGUCAGUUUGGCGUUGAAUCAGAACUCUGAGAGAUUGGACUCUGUAAUGUCACCCCCGCUUCCCAAACAGUUACAAGAGCUUUCACAACACCCUCAGAGAGAGACUGCUGCCCUUGACCAUUUGUCUCUUCUAAGGUCAGAACUAAUCAAGCUAAUGGGAAUGGACACCCGAUAUACCAUUCAAGGUCCGAGAACCACUUCAUACUAG